AUGUUUACAGGUAUAGUAGAGCAUAUUGGAACUGUUGUCGAGUACAAGGAGUUUGAUGACACUGAAAGUGGUGGUCAAGGUGCAUCUGUUACCAUUACUGAUUGUAAACCCAUCCUAGGUGAUUGUCACAUCGGUGACUCUAUUGCAUGCAAUGGUAUCUGUCUUACGGUGACAGAAUUUGAUGACAAUACUUUUAAAGUUGGUAUUUCACCAGAAACCAAGGAUAGAACCAAUGUUGCCAGCUGGCAAAACGGUGCAAAGAUUAAUUUAGAAAGAGCUGUAAGUCAAGAAGUUAGAUUUGGUGGCCAUUAUGUGCAGGGACAUGUCGAUACUGUCGCCACGAUUGUAAGCAAAAAGCCUGAAGGUAACUCAAUAAUAUUCGGAUUUAAACUGAGAGACCCUCACUUCGACAGAUUCAUCGUUGAGAAGGGAUUUAUUGCAAUUGAUGGUACUUCAUUGACCGUGACUACCAUCGAUCAAGAUGACGUUUUCUAUAUCAGCAUGAUCAAACAUACUCAAGAGCAUGUUAACUUGCCAUUAAAAUCUGUUGGGUCCCUAGUUAACAUCGAAGUGGAUUUGACUGGUAAAGUGAUUGAAAAACAGAUUGAAACCACUCUAAAGAACCAAAUUGACAAUCGUAACAGCAAAUUAAACCAAUUAGUUUCACAAUUGAUUGAUGAAAAAUUGAAAUCGGUCUCUAAAUAG